AUGUCGGAGCGGCUCUCCCGUUCGUCCAGUCCAUAUUUGGAGCCCCCGAGGAGGAGUGUCGAGUUAGAGGAUCCGGGGGCUCAAGACUCAGUCUCCAACAGCGAUGAAGAACAUUUUUCGGAUGCUAGUGAAGGCCAAGAGCAUCCCCGUUCCCGUCCGCAGUCCGGUCGCGCGUCCCCUGUCCCGUUGACUCGAGUCGAAAAAGUGGAUGACAAACCGGCACACGGCGAGAUUCCUGGAACGUCUGCAUUUGAGAAGAGGGAGCAUGAUGCUGUCCCCGAUGAGAUUGAAGUCAUUCCGGACGGAUCCCGCAGCAGGAGCUCUUCAACUGUGGGGUCGCAAAAGCGUUCCUUAACUCCUGGCGGUUCACCAAUCCCUCGUACAGUCGUUGAGAAAGUCGGCCCAAACCAACCCAGCCACGGAGAGGUUCCUGGGACACUCGCAUAUGACAAACGCAGGGCAGAUGCAGUCCCAGAUGUUGUCAUCAAAGCUCCAGAAUCGGACUCGGGCUCACAAUCGCAUCACGUCGAGUCGAAUGAACCUUCAGCUGGCUCUGAUGUGCAGAUCCCUGCAACAGUCGUUUCGCAGGUAGAUGCUGCGCCGGUUGAAGACGCUACCCCUGGUCCACAUGCUCACCGUAGACGGCCAAGCGAUGCCUCGCCAGAUAUGACAGAAAAAAUUUCAGAUGCACCAGAUCACGCCUCACGAAGAGACUCAUUAACAAAUAAUACUACCGAUCUUGAUUUCGAUGAUGAGAUGGACGCUCAACCAGACAUCUCUGAGGAUCCAGUAGCUGCGGACGAUUUUGAUGACUUUGCAGAGGAGCAAGAUAUGGGUGAUGAUGAUUUUGGUGAUUUCGACGAUGGAUUCCAAGAGCCUAGUGAAGACACUGUUGUGGGCGAACCGAUUGAGCCUCAACAGUCUCCCACUCUUCCUGCAGUUCCCCCCCUUAUAGACUUUGACGUCUUUCAAUCUCUUCCUGAUCUCUACGCCGCCUUAGACAAAUCCCUCGACAAACUCUAUCCUACUUCCAAAGAUGUUUCAUCGCUUCCCGCCUUAGAACCCAUUCAAGACUCUUCUUCCAUCUUCAGUACAGAACGGUCCCUGUCCCUUUGGUCUCAACUCGUGGCACCACCCUCCUUGCAACCUCAGAACUGGGUCAAGUCCCGCAUUCGCCGCCUCUUCCUAGUCUCGUUGGGUGUUCCUGUCGACUUGGAUGAGAUUCUUCCGGCCUCAAAGCAAAAGAAGCUGGUGCUUCCUUCCAUCAAUCUAGGCGGAUCGGAUACCGCUGGACCUACUGUUCACUCACGCUCUCAAAGCCAGACCAGGAAAAGCGGCUCGCAGGAUGGUAUCGACAACUCGACAGCGUCUAGUUCAGCAGCUCGACAUCGAUCAUCACGCCGCCGUGAAACAUCUUUACCUCCCGACUUAGAUCUAUCAGCGGUGCGGCGGCUGUGUGCCACUACAGAUGCCGCAUUGGACGGACUGACUGAUGUGGAGUUGAAAGCACAUGUGAAGGAGCUGGAGCAGGUCACUCUUCGGGCGAGCUCAGUACUUGAAUACUGGCUGAAGCGGCGAGACGGCCUUGUGAGUGAAAGAGAAGCAUUUGAGGGUGUGAUUGAGAAUCUGGUCAAUCAUGCAAGGCGUGUUAGGAAGUGA